UACCCCCGGCUGGUCUCUUCCAGUAGCCGGUGUCUGUCGGAGGCUGUGCACCGCGUUUGUCUGUGAAUUAUCCCUCGACUGUUUACAAAACACUGCUGGGGGGAGUUUCGUCGGUGUGGACGGACGUUUUUCUCGCGGUGGAUUCUUCUUCUUCUCGAUGAAAGGAUCGCGUUUUUUGUACUCGCAACUUGGAUUUACGGCGCUUCACGGGAGACUAUCUGGAUAAAACAACAACAACAACAACAACAAACCGCUUCUACUGAAACCACAACACGCCGCGGUCGGAUAAAGGAAUGCUGCUGUCCAAGCUCAACUCUCUGGCCCACAUCUCCACCGUAGACAUGCCUGCGAAGCUCCAAGUCCACCCAGUGAAGGAGAAGGAGCCGUUUGAGAAGCUGUACCAGGUCGGCGCGGUGCUCGGCAGCGGCGGCUUCGGCACCGUGUACUCCGGUACGAGGACGGCCGACGGAGCUCCGGUGGCCGUAAAACACGUCGCCAAGGACCGCAUCUCCGAGUGGGGAGAGCUGCCCAACGGCUCCCGGGUUCCCAUGGAGAUCGUGCUGCUCAAGAAGGUCGGCACCGGCUUCCGCGGCGUCAUCAAGAUGCUGGACUGGUUCGAGCGGCCCGACAGCUUCAUCAUUGUCAUGGAGCGGCCCGAGAACGUCAAGGACCUGUUCGACUUCAUCACGGAGAAGGGCGCCCUGCCGGAGGAGCUGGCGCGCAGCUUCUUCCGCCAGGUGCUGGAGGCGGUGCGCCACUGCCACAGCUGCGGCGUGGUGCACCGGGACAUCAAGGACGAGAACAUCCUCAUCGACCUCCGCACCGGCGAGAUGAAGCUCAUCGACUUCGGCUCCGGAGCGCUGCUCAAGGACACCAUUUACACAGACUUCGAUGGCACAAGAGUUUACAGUCCACCAGAGUGGAUCAAAUACCACCGCUAUCAUGGCCGCUCUGCCACCGUUUGGUCCUUGGGCGUCCUGCUGUACGACAUGGUGUGCGGCGACAUCCCGUUUGAGCACGACGAGGAGAUCACGAGCGGGCAGGUCCUCUUUCGGAGGAGAAUCUCAGCAGAAUGCCAGCAGCUGAUCAAGUGGUGUUUGUCCCUGCGGCCGGCUGACCGCCCGUCCUUUGAGGACAUCGUCAACCACUCGUGGAUGCAGAGCUCGUCCUCCUCCGUGGUUCCCGCCACGGUGCAGACAGAGAAGUCGCCCGCGGAGAUCCGGCUGCACAGCAUCGGACACGAGCCCACAGCCUUCACGCCGACCCCGGUGGCCGUGGCCCGGUGAGGCAGGCGGGGCCGCUCUGGUCCGAACUGGACUGCACUGACACGAGAGACUAUUACAAAAGACUUAUAUAAGAGACUUGAAGCAGAGAGGAGAGGGGUUGGCGGCGCUGCAAGGGACUACAUCCAUCAGAACCGCCGCCCGCUGACCCUCUCCACCCUCACCAACCCCAACUACUUGAUUUCCCCCCCGAGUCGUUGACCCGCGUCGGUGUCGCAGACGUCAACUCGGGCCGGUCGCUCCGCAGGAGGGCUUCUGCUCUGUAUGCACGGACACCUGCGACGCCCAAACAAACCCAGUGCAUGCACCGACUGUCGGGGAGAUGUUAUGUAACCUCCUCGCUGCUCUGCUCUCUCCCUGGCAGCAGAGAGGGAACAGCAGAGGCGCUGGCGAAGGGGAAUUAUUUAAAAAAGUGCCUUCUCUGAGAUUGUUGGGGGGGGUAGGGGGCCCUGAAAAUACUUGAAUUUGUGAAAGCAAAGAGGCUCACAACUCGCCGACCUUUUUUGCUCCUUACUCUGGCUUUAUAUUGUUUAUUGCUGGUUUUUUUCUUCUUCUUCUUCUUCUCUCAUGGGCCUAGAUCAGUAAAGCCCAUGUCAUUUUUACAACCACUACUAUCACUACUACUCCAAUGUCAUUAGCAACCAGACAACCUCAUAGCUCCGGCAGCAAACCUGUGCAAACAAGUCAUAAAACAAAAAAAGCAAAACAAAAAAAGAAGAAACACUGGACUUACCUCACUCUACUCUACUACAGCAUCCACCUCUACUCUACAACCUUCGCUUCCUCCUCUUCUCGUGCUGUACUGUAAACAAACACGAGGCUUUCGGCGGCCGUUUUCAUUCACACCCACCCCGAAUGCACACCACAAUGCAAAAACCAUACCGAGAUACAACAUCCUCUGCUCUUCACUUCGAUUUUUUUUUAUUAUUAUUAUUAUUUUUGGUAAAACAGUGCCUCACGCAGGUCUUAAAAAAUUUUUUUGUUGGGGGACAAGAAUUGUAAAUAAGAACGAUAUUUAUUAUUGCUGUGACUCCUUUCACACACGCGAGCGUUUUUUGUCUCAGAAUUUAUUUAUUUAUUUAUGAGAGAAUUUCGGCUGUUCGUAUAUAUAUAUAUCUAUAAAUACUAUAAAUAUAUAUCAUUCCGCAGUCACUGAAGGGCCCACAGAUUAUUUAAAAGGAAAACAAAGAAUUUUUUCUGACCAUAUUUAUGGCUUGAAUUUUUGUUUUUUGUUUUUUUUAAAAGAGCAGACGCGUGUGUGUAUGUUUGUGUAUGUCGUGUAAAUAACGUGUAAAUAGUCCUGAAAAGAAAAAGCACUUCCAUCUUAAUGUAUGUUCAACAUCCAACGUCUACUGAUGGUGUCGUUACGCUGUUUGGGUGAGUUCUGAAUGUUGGAUGAGCGGAUGAAUGUGUGAACGCGUGUGAACUGUUCUGGCUGCGCGAUCACAGCUCGGAUCGAGCUGGUUUGGUUGUGUUUGUUUUUUUUCAUCCAUUCAGAUUAGAAUUGUAAAUUAUGUUAGAAACUAUUUUUUUACGAUUUCAAUAAAUAUUUUUCUAACUAUGAA